AUGCUUUCUACAACCUGUCCCCCUUGGCCCUCCCAGUGGGUUACCUGUGAUCCCGUUAUCUCAGGCUUGCCUCCAGCUUUUCACAAUGCUCGCUAUGCAGGGUGGCCCCAGCCACCAGUGCAGCUUCCCUAUGCUACUUCACCUCAGUCAACUGCACGGCAUGAGGUUUCUGUAGUAAACAAUGUCCCCUCGCAUCGUCCGCAGGUUAACGCUGCCCAUACCCAGUCUUCAAGUUAUUCUGUUUAUCCUCAAUAUGAACCCCCUUCACGCAUGAAUUUGGCGGUACAAGCAUCCCCAGAUACAAUAAGUCCUGUCGACCACAACAUCCCCAGUUUGCAGCCAUGGGAUAGACUUCGACACGAUGAAGAGAACAUGCGGCUCAUAUAUGAUCAUUCUGUGCCACGAACAGUGUCAUCAAACGUCAAUGAAACCCAAAAUGCAUAUCCCCACCCGCUUCUCUCGACGUCAUUCAUGCCACUAGUAAUGUACGACCUGCGCUUCCCGCCUGCAUCUCUCGCUUUUCCAUUGUUAUCUCCAUAUGCAGGCUAUGGGUACGAGCUGCUAGUAUUCGUCCCACUCACCCCAGAACGGCCUAGACAGAUACGGCUCAUCAGCCCAGAUUUUCCCUGGACAUUUGACAUUGGUCCUGACCCUAGUGCCGUGGAAGAAGGCGUGACGUGCCUUGACAUUCUUGCUGCCCUCCAUGCUGCAUUGCAGCGCCCACUCACGGACACGGAGUGGGGCACCGCUGGACGUGAUAAACGCGCGAGUCUUAUCAGAGCACGUGAUCGUCGCCCAAUGAUACAACCUGCCCCAGUACUAUCCCUUCCGGUGCAAUCGGCACUCCAGGGAACGCCAAAUCCUGUGCAGCGAGAAAGGUUACUGCUCCGUGUCGACUGGCUUGGAUCUCGUGUUGCGUUUUCAGAGCUUAUCAAGGAUGAAGCAUUUGCAAGGAGCAGACUCAUUCCGGGUGGUGGGGAGCCACCCGAGACUUGGGUGGUGAGGUUUCAGAGGUUAUGAUUUGAAUGUCCGAAGAAAGUGUACGAGUGUCUAUGAUUUUGACCAGUCUUGUCUUGCCGAGAAGCAUAUCCUAUGCCCGUGACAGUCCCUGCCGACGGUUUUUAUAUUAAAAGUAUAUACAUGCUGCU